AUGCUUUCGCCGAAGACCAACACCAACGGGAACUCUGAUCAGAGCAGACUGCAGCUGGCACUAGCUACCCAGCUAGUGCCAGAACCUCCGGAAGCAUGCACGAAUUCGCCUCCAUCUCUGCUUUCAAUGGAAGAUGCUAAUGGAGAGAACUUCGGCAGUGACAGAAGCUUACCCGGGGAAAUGGGCCAUCUUCAACCAAGCCAUAGUAUCACCGGAACAGGUUCGUUAGCUUUCGGUUCUCUUCCAUUGCCGUAGAG